GGAUACAUCAGCUUUGUUCUGUCUCCCUCCCCACUCUGUCUCUCUCUCUCCCUCUCUAAAUCCUCCUGCCUCCUCUGGAUGAUUGAAGCCAUGCCCAUUGUGUCUGCAAGCACAGGGCUGCAUGAGACUCUGGCCCUGCUCACCUCACAGCUCCACCCUGAUGCCAACCACAAGGAGGAUCUGGUCUUCCUCAAAGAUGUUUUCAGCGAGAGGAGCAUUAGUUACCUCAUGAAGAUCCAUGAGAAGCUAAAACAGUAUGAGAAGCAGAGUCCCACCCCAGUCCUGCACAGCGCCUCCUGUCUGGCAGAGGACCUUGCUGAGGAGCUUCAGAACGGACCGCUGGAAGAUGACGAGCGAGAGCUGCUUCUCCUGCUGAACACGCCUCACAUUAAGGCGGUGCUGUCGGCACACGACACGGUGGCCCAGAAGAAGUUUGACCCGGUGCUGCCGCCGCUGCCCGAGGACGUGGACGACGACCUGGAAGAGGAGUCGGUGAAGAUCGUCCGUCUGGUGAAGAACAAAGAGCCGCUGGGAGCAACGAUCCGGAGAGACGAGGCGACGGGGGCGGUCAUCGUAGCCCGGAUCAUGAGAGGAGGAGCGGCCGAUCGCAGCGGACUGGUGCAUGUUGGGGAUGAGCUCCGAGAGGUCAACGGGAACCUGGUAACGCACAAGAGGCCGGAUGAAAUUAGUCAGAUUCUGUCGCAGUCGCAAGGAUCCAUCACACUGAAAAUCAUCCCGGCUGUUGCAGAAGAAGACAAAUUAAAGGAAAGCAGGGUGUACCUCCGGGCGCUGUUUGACUACACGCCUUUCGAGGACAGAGCCACGCCCUGCCAGGAGGCCGGCCUCCCGUUCAAGAGGGGAGACAUUCUCCAGGUCGUCAGCCAGGAGGACGCCACCUGGUGGCAGGCCAAGAGGGUGGGCGACUGCAACCUGCGGGCGGCCCUCAUCCCGUCGGUGCAAUUCCAGGAGAGGCGGCUGAGGUACAGGAUGAAAGUAGCCUCCCUGCCGACGCCCAUGUCUCCCAAAGCCCCGACGUAUGAUCGGACCGAUAAAGAAGACUGUGACAGUAAGGGUGCGCUCAAUGGAAAAGAUGUAGUUUCUCCCAAGAGUAAGGCAGCCCCUGCCUUCUGUGGCCAUGCUUUCUCAUGGGAUUUUUACUCAGCCAGCCUGCGCAGGAGUUUCCGCCUCCGGAGGAACCGCCAGGAUUCGCCGGGAGACGCACACACUCCCGAUGGCAACCACAGCGAGUUCCUGAUUUACGAAGAAGUCACGCAAUACUUGGCCCGACCGGGCGACAGGCCUCGCCUUAUCGUCCUGAUAGGUUCGCUCGGAGCUCGAAUCUCUGAGCUCAAACAGAAAGUGAUCGCCGAGAACCCCCGGCUGUACGGCCUGGCCGUGCCUCACACCACUCGAGCCAGGAAGCCCCACGAGAGAGAAGGAGUGGAGUACCACUUCAUCAGCAAAGCCGCCUUCGAGGCCGACAUCCAGAGUGGCAAGUUUAUUGAAUUCGGGGAGUAUAAAGAGAAUCUGUACGGCACCAGUUUGGAGUCUAUCCACAGAAUUUUGGAUCAGAGAAAGAUCUGCCUGGUGGACGUGCAGCCAGAGGCGCUGAAGACUCUGCGGAGCGCCGAGUUCAAACCGUACAUCGUCUUCGUGAGGCCUCGGAUCCCGGAGAGUCAGAGGAAGCAGUUCGGCUCGUCCUCUUCCCUCAGCGUCGGGAUCACGGAGGACGACCUGCAGGACAUGAAGCAGUCAGCGGACCGGGUGGACGAGUGCUACGGCCACUGGGUGGACUACGUGCUGGUGAAGGAGGACCCCGUCAGUGCCUUAGCGGAGCUGCAGCUGCUGCUGGAGAGGGUGCAGCUGGAGCCGCAGUGGGUGCCUGUGUCCUGGCUCAGACGCUAG